AUGCUAUACGAGGUGCCCGGGGCUGAGUCCGAGCAGAAGGCCGAUUCACUCGCCGCGCGGCUGAGGGAAUGUUUUGGGGACUCGGGGGAUAUCGUUGUCUCACGGCCCACCAAAUGUUCGGAGCUGCGAAUCUCGGGGUUGGACUUUGCGGCCACCUCCGAGACAGUAAAGGCGGCCUUAUGCAGUACUGGCGGGUGUGCUGCGGAGGCGGUAAAAGUAGGGGAAGUCCGCCAAGAUAGAUCUGGCAUGGGUGCCGUCUGGGCCAAGGUGCCCACCAAAGCGGCCCAAAAGAUAAAGGCGGGUCGUCUAAAAAUAGGCUGGGUCGUGGCGCGAGUGACCGUCCUCGAGGCGCGGCCUAUGCGCUGUUACCGCUGCCUCGAGACGGGGCACGUGCGAGGAAGCUGCGACGGUUCUGCAGAUCGUAGCGAGUUAUGCUACCGCUGCGGCAAGCCGGGCCACAAAGCCCGGCAAUGUGGAGACAAGCCAAACUGCGCUUAUGUGCCGCAGCUGGUAAGCCCGCCGAACACCAAAUUGGGGGGAAGAAGUGUGCUGCCUCCUCCCAGAAAACCCGGCGUCGCCCGCGCAGAAGACCGGCUGCUGCAGCUGAGGUUCCGUCCCAGCCGCAGGCAGCGAGCCCACCGCAACCAGUGGUGGCCGAGAUGGAAGUAG